UCCUCUGCCGGAGAAAACUGAGCUGUCAAAAAGUUAUUGCUAACUCAUCAUUCCAUUUCUUUGGUUCCUUGAACCGGAGCAUCUGUCCGUCUCUGUGCCACCGCAGUAGUUCCUCACCUCGGCCACGCGAUCCUCUUCCACGCUUAAGCAACAAACGACAAUAAGCUUAUUGGAAGAGGAGUUGUUAAAGCGUAUAUAUACAGUGACAAGUUCCAAGUGUUGCGAUUUGCAGGAAGCGAUGGGGAAUUUGUUUGUGAAGAAACCAAAGAUCACAGAUGUUGAUCGAGCAAUUCUCUCCCUCAAAACCCAACGCCGCAAGCUUGCACAAUAUCAGCAAAAGCUUGAAGAAGUUAUUGAAGCAGAAAAGCAAGCUGCUAGAGAGUUGAUUCUUCAGAAGAGAAAGGAUAGAGCCUUGCUAGCAUUAAAGAAGAAGAAAACACAAGAAGAACUGUUGAAACAAGUGGAUACAUGGCUUAUUAAUGUUGAGCAACAAUUGGCAGAUAUUGAACUAGCCAGCAAGCAGAAAGCUGUUUUUGAAAGUUUAAAGGCAGGUACUGAUACAGUUAAGGCAAUACAAAGUGAGAUCAACUUGGAUGAUGUGCAAAAGCUAAUGGAUGAUACUGAGGAAGCUAAAGCUUAUCAAGAUGAAAUUAAUGCCAUCUUGGGGGAGAAAUUAUCAGCAGAAGACGAAGAAGAGAUCUUAGCUGAAUUCGAGAACUUAGAAGCUCAGCUCACUGUUGAAGACUUGCCAGAAGUUCCUACUCCAUUGCCCUCUAAGGAACAUGAAGAAAAGUUGGAUCUUCCUGAUGUGCCAACCAAACCACCAGUUGCUCCUCAUGCAGUUGGAGAUGAUGCUGAAACUGCAUCAGCUGAACUUUCCACAAAUAGGAAAGUUUUGGAGGAACCAUUGCCUGCAUGAAUUGUGAAUACAGUUAAAUUAGCACAACAGUUACAUGAGCUGCUGGCUGUCCUGGAUACAUUUUCUCACUCCAGGUUGUGUUAUCUACACAUUUUCUCUUCACAAAUUUGUCACUUCAAUUUAGUGAGGUAUUGCAAUUUCUUGCAUGUAAAUUCAGAUUUACAGUCACAAUAAAGUUACUAGAUUUGUUUAUAUCAGUAAAAUUAUCAUAUGCUGCCUGUAUGCCUUACUUACAGUAGUCAGGUUCCCAAUGCAAUGGAACUUGUUUUCUUGUU